UUCCGUUAUUCCGUAGCAGCCGCCGCUGCGGGUAGGGCUGUUGCGGGAAGAUGGCGACGGAUAAACAGAAACAUGAAGGCAGGGUGAAAAUUGGACACUACAUUCUAGGAGACACGCUUGGAGUUGGCACUUUCGGGAAAGUGAAAGUUGGAAGGCAUGAGCUGACAAAGCAUCAGGUUGCUGUCAAGAUACUUAACCGCCAGAAAAUCCGCAGCCUUGAUGUAGUUGGGAAAAUCCGCAGGGAGAUCCAGAACCUAAAGCUUUUCAGGCAUCCUCAUAUUAUUAAGCUGUACCAAGUGAUCAGCACCCCAACAGAUAUUUUUAUGGUAAUGGAAUAUGUUUCAGGUGGAGAACUGUUUGAUUAUAUAUGCAAAAAUGGAAAGCUUGAUGAAAAAGAGAGCCGUAGGCUUUUCCAGCAGAUAAUUUCAGCUGUGGACUACUGUCAUCGACACAUGGUUGUGCACAGAGAUCUGAAACCUGAAAAUGUACUCCUAGAUGCACACAUGAAUGCAAAAAUUGCAGAUUUUGGAUUGUCAAACAUGAUGUCUGAUGGGGAAUUCUUAAGAACAAGUUGUGGUUCUCCUAACUACGCAGCUCCAGAAGUAAUUUCAGGAAGAUUAUAUGCUGGUCCGGAGGUGGAUAUUUGGAGCAGUGGUGUAAUCCUAUAUGCUUUGCUCUGUGGGACUUUACCUUUUGAUGAUGAUCAUGUGCCAACAUUAUUCAAAAAGAUCUGUGAUGGUAUUUUUUAUACACCUCAGUAUCUCAAUCCCUCUGUUAUUGCACUUCUAAAACACAUGCUGCAAGUUGAUCCUAUGAAAAGGGCUACCAUAAAGGAUAUCAGAGAUGAUGAAUGGUUCAAACAAGACCUUCCUAAAUACUUGUUUCCAGAGGAUCCCUCAUAUAGCAACACCAUGAUUGAUGAUGAAGCUCUUAAGGAAGUUUGUGAAAAAUUUGAAUGCACAGAAGAUGAGGUACUAAGCUGUUUGUAUAGCAGAAACCAUCAAGAUCCCCUAGCUGUAGCUUACCAUCUCAUCAUUGACAAUCGAAGAAUAAUGAAUGAAGCCAAGGACUUUUAUUUAGCAAGCAGCCCCCCUGACUCUUUCCUGGAUGAUCAUCAGCUUGCAGCAUCUAAGCCACAUCCUGAGCGAGUGCCAUUCCUUGUAGCAGAGGCCACUCCAAGGUCAAGGCAUACUCUGGAUGAGUUAAAUCCACAAAAGUCAAAGCACCAGGGAGUACGUAGAGCUAAAUGGCACCUGGGAAUUAGGAGUCAAAGUCGCCCUAAUGACAUCAUGGCUGAAGUAUGUAGAGCAAUGAAGCAGUUGGACUAUGAAUGGAAGGUUGUAAACCCAUACUAUUUACGUGUUCGGAGGAAGAAUCCUGUGACUAGCAUGUAUACAAAAAUGAGUCUACAGCUAUACCAGGUGGAUAGUAGGACAUACCUCCUAGACUUCAGGAGCAUUGAUGAUGAAGUAUCAGAAGCAAAGUCUGGAACAGCAACCCCUCAUCGAUCAGGUUCUAUAGGAAAUUAUCGAACUACAUCAAAGAAUGAAACUGAAGGAGACACAACGGCCAAAGGUUCAGAUGGGUCUUUGGCAUCAUCAUUGACAUCAUCAGUCGACUCAUCCAGUGGUGACAAUCCACCAAGACCUGGCAGCCACACAAUUGAGUUUUUUGAAAUGUGUGCUAAUCUUAUUAAAAUUCUUGCACGGUAAAUUCAGCAUAGCCUACAGAAUCUUUAUAGCAAUAAGCAUGCAACAGAUUCUUGGCAUAAUGUUUUAGACAUGGACAGAGAUGUUUUGUGGCACUAAAAUAGCUAGAGCCAGUAUAGUUGGGUGGAUUGGGGCAAGGAGGUUAUGAAAAGUAAUAGCUAAGCCAGUUUAUAGUGCUAUAGUAAUUUUAGAUUCAUUUUCUUUGACUACUUGCAGAGCUGCAAAACGUCUUCACAAGACAUUUUGCUUUUUUCAGACGGGUCACUGACCUAUGUAUAGAACUUUUCUUUUUUUCUUCUUUCUGGUUUUUCAUUUUUCUUUUCUUUCCUCCAUUGCCCCUGUUAAAAUGAAUAUUAUUUUGCCUGCUAAUAACAAAUGCAGGAGACUGUUUUGCACAGUGACCUAUGUGCUGCUCUGUUGUAUCCUAAUUAGGGCUUGAUGAUAAUCUGCGAAAUGCACAGACAAUUGGUAAAGUAAGUUUUGUUUGAAAGGUCUACUGAAGAGUUGGUCAAAUGGUUUUAGACUUGCAUUUUCCCUUUAUGUAUAAAACAUGACAAACAUUUUUUUUUCUUUUAAAUUAGACUGAAAUUGUGGGAUCCCAGUUAUUUUGAGAAAAAAUUCGGAAUACAUUUAUCUGUGCUUUAAUUGGGAAUAUAUGACUUACUGUAUAUGGACUUUUGGACUGUGACUUUUUUUAAUUUUUCAUUUUGUAAUUAUAUAGCUAGAAUGCCAUUUUAAUCAUUGUAUGAAAUAUAUUUAAAGAUAUUUCAGUCACAAUUGAAAGGAUGUUUUUUUAACCAUAUAUACAUGCCUAUUUUUGAUAAAAAAAAAAAAGUUUCAUCUGUAAGGAAAUUUGUAAAGAGAACAACUCCUGUUUUAAAAGUAAAUACAGAAAGGCUUCAGUAUACACAGGUACAAUAGAAAGUUCUUCCAUUGUUUAAUUAAUGCUGUCAUCCCACUAAUUCUUUUCAAGGAUCAGUUGUCACUUACAGUUAUCUCUUUAGUUUUAGUACAUUGCAAAUAUCUGCUAAGUAACCUAAAAGCAGUGACAUAUUUGGUGCCUAAAAUGUUACAGAUGUUGACAUAUGCCUUGCUGUUAAGUUUUACAGUGUUUAUUUUACAUUUGGUGUUUUCUUACAAAAAAUAAAUACACUUCCUUGUUUCAGUUUAUAAGGUUUUAAUGUAGAUGGUUGGUUUAAAGUUCAAAUGUCUUUUUUGAAUGCCCUUAGUAUGUCAAAAUUGUUUUAUAACUACCAAAGUUCUUCAGUUAUAUUAAUAAAUUAGAUUAAUAAGGUGUAUCUGCAUUCCAAUUGAGACCUACAGUAUAUUUCUUUUAAUCUCUGGUUUGUGUUUGAAUUUAGGAAGUUUUCGAAACAGUGUGCCAGUUAUAGGAUGUAAAUUAGCUACAUUUAGAUUUCUAUCUUUUGCAAUUUUUCAUUUUUGCAUUUAUAUAUACAGUAUAAAAUUGCUUAUUCAUUAUAUUGAUAUCGCACCACUUAAAUUACACACAUAUAUACAUAUAUGUCAAUAAAAAAUUGCACAAAAUGAGUUUUUUAACUACACAAUUUCAGACUUAAUAUGUUUUAUGACAAGUUUUUCAUUACAAAAAACUAAAAGUUAUAAAACAAAUGUAAUUUGGUGGAAUGUACUUUAGAUGGGAGCAGUUUACUUGGUCUCUUUAAAUUGGAGAAAACAAAAUCAAUGGCUUGCUUUAACCCUGACAUUGUCCAUUUUAAAUGGCUUAGGCCUAAGAGAAUGUUGUACUGAGAAAGCCAGUGCAGUCCUUUUUAGAGACUUUUUCCACUUAAAAUAAAUUGAAUUCCUGAUAGAAUUUCAAUGUCUGAAUACAUAAAACAUAGUUUAUGAAAAGGAUAUUUUUGUUUUCAUAACAGCACACAUUGUGUUACUGUCUGUUCAUUUGGAAGUACAGUAUUCUAUUUCAGAUUUUAUUUACAUUUGUCUGUGGUUAUGAAUUCCCUAUUUAGUUUAUGAGGAUGACAGUAUUAUACAACAAAAUCAAAUAAAAAGAAGACCUACAAAUUGGGACCACUAACAAGUGCUUUAUUUUGACAUUGUGAAUGGUUUGAAUAAAUGUCAAUUGAGUCUUAAAUGCUGAAUGAUUGACAAAUGUAAAUUUUAUUUUAGUGUUUGAAAUCAUAUGUGCAUAUAAAGCAUAAUAAAUAAAUCUGCACCGAGA